AGGCCAGAUCAGGGUCGUGAGAUGGAGCCCCACGUGAGUUCUGAAAUCAGUGCAGAAUGUGCUUGAGUUUCUCUCUCCGUCUUCCUAUGCCCCUCCGCACUGAGCGCCAUCUCUCUCCCUACCCCCCUCUCUCUCUGAAAUAAAUAAAUCUUAAAAAGGGCCCAGGCUUGGGAGUGCUGCACAUCUGGCUUCAAGCCCUGGGUCUAGCUCAGCCACUUACAACCAGUUCUGGGUGCGGAAUUUAAGAUUUUGUUUUUCUUCCUGCUAAUUGAGAUAAUUGACAUAACACUGUAGUUUUAAGGUGUACAAUGUGAUGAUUUGUUGUACUGUGAAGUGGUAACCACAGUAAGGUUUGUUAACAUCUCAGGCACCUCACAUAAUUAGUUUUUUGUGUGUAUGCUGAGAGCACUAAAGAUCUAGUCUUGGCAACUUUCAAGUACAUGGUAAGGUAUUGUUGACUGUAGUCAGGUAUACUGCUGCGUAUUAGAUCCCCAGAACUCAUUCUGCCUUAUUACUGGAAAUGUGUACCCUUUGACCGACAUCUCAUUUCGCCUAGCCCCCAGCCCCUGGUAACCACGAUGUUACCCCCUGGAGUAUGUCGACUUUCCACUUAAUGCUAUGCCCUCAGCUAAUUUUCUUCCCAAAUGUGUCUGGCCUUUUAGUUUGUAUACCUUACAUCCCUUUUACCUGUUAUCAGGGUUACUCCCCUUAUCAUCUUUACUGACUUCGUCUUUAUUGCUUUGACUGCUUUGUAUUAAGCACAAAUAAUUUUCAGAUCAUGCAUGGAAUUUGAACAGCACCAUUUCUAAACCGUCUAGCCUCGAUGUAUUUUCCUGAUCUCAAUACAAUCCCGUGAUCUUUUGACUGUCACACAUGGACUUCCAAAAAUCUCUAAAGGAAACUGUCCUCAUUACAGGAGGAGGUGGCUAUUUUGGUUUCCGCCUAGGCUGUGCUCUGAACCAGAAAGGAUUCCAUGUGAUUCUGUUUGACAUCAGCAGCCCUGCUCAUUCUAUUCCAGAAGGGAUCAAGUUUAUGCAUGGAGACAUUCGCCACCUCUCUGACGUGGAGAACGCCUUCCAGGAUGUGGAUGUCACGUGUGUGUUCCAUAUUGCCUCUUAUGGCAUGUCAGGGCGGGAGCAGCUGAAUCGGAGCCUGAUUGAAGAAGUCAAUGUGGGGGGCACAGACAAUAUCCUCCAGGUUUGCAGGAGGAGAGGGGUGCCAAGAUUUGUUUACACCAGCACUUUCAAUGUCAUCUUUGGAGGUCAAGUUAUCAGAAAUGGAGAUGAGUCUCUGCCUUACCUACCUCUUCACCUCCAUCCCGAUCACUACUCUCGGACCAAAUCUAUUGCAGAGAAGAAGGUGCUGGAGGCCAAUGGUACCAGCCUGGUAAGAAGUGAUGGUGUCUUAAGAACCUGUGCUCUGCGCCCGGCUGGUAUCUAUGGGCCUGGAGAACAAAGGCACCUUCCCAGGAUAGUGAGGUACAUUGAGAGGGGUCUGUUCAAGUUUGUGUACGGAGAUCCUAGGAGCCUGGUUGAAUUUGUCCAUGUGGAUAACUUGGUACAGGCUCACAUUCUGGCCUCAGAGGCUCUGAAAGCUGACAAGGGCCACAUUGCCUCUGGGCAGCCCUACUUCAUUUCAGAUGGCAGGCCCGUGAACAACUUUGAGUUCUUCCGGCCUUUGGUUGAGGGCCUAGGCUACACGUUCCCAUCUGUCCGCCUGCCAUUGACCCUCAUCUACUGCUUUGCUUUCCUAACAGAAAUGGUUCACUUCAUUUUAGGUCAACUCUACAACUUCCAGCCCUUCCUCACCCGCACAGAAGUUUACAAAACUGGCGUCACACAUUACUUUAGCCUAGAGAAGGCCCAGAAGGAGCUCGGUUAUGAGCCUCAGCCGUUUGACCUCCAGGAAGUAGUAGAAUGGUUUAAAGCCCAUGGUCAUGGCAGAAGUCCUGGGAAUCAUGACUCUGAGUGUCUUGUUGGGGAUGGGCUGAUGGCCUUACUCUUGGCUCUAGCAGUUCUCACGUGGCUGCCUGCUUUUGUGGUUCUGUCACUAUGAGGGAACUAGAAAUAAGGACCUGAACACACUUGCUGAGAUGGUUUUCAAGAAUUGUGAGUUUAAAAUGUCUGUCUAGGCAGGAGGGGAAGCAUGAAGGGGGGGAAA